GGGGAAUGGAGCAAAUGGGAGAACAGUCUUAUCACAGUGCUUGAAGAGUAAGAAGCUUCCUGGGGAAAAGGACAGCGCAUUCCUUCCUCUCUCGUCGCCAGGAUUCCGAUUUUCCGCCUGUAGAGAGAGAGAGAGAGAGAGCGCACUCCGCCGCUCCGAGGGAGGAGAGAAGAGAAAAAAGGAACAACUGAAAGAGAGAAAGGAGUUCUGAUUCUUCCUCAUCCCCUCCACGUGCACCCCCCUCCCUUCUCCCACACCACCUUUUCCAAAACUGCCGGAUGGGUAGCAUAGCAAAGUGAACCACUGGAUGUCAGAACCUGUCAGGUUCCCUCUCUCUGGAUCCAGGCUGCAGAGGUGGCGUGGGUGAGACGGCGCUGGUGAAAGGAGCUUCUGAUUGGUCAGGAGAUGCACAGUCUGGAGAGGCACCAGGAGAGUGGACACCACUGAACACAACUGGACACAGCUGGAUACAACUGGACACCACAGCACACAUCUGGGCACCACUGGACACUGGCGGACACCUGUAUCAGAGCUUAGAGCGGCAGGAUAGGGAUCAGUCACGUGUGUGAGUGUGUGAGAGACCCAGUCUUUGGGCAGACUGGAGUCUUGUUACACUCCCUGCCAGCCCUUAUGCAUGUUUCAUCAGCUCCAGGGAGAACAGAAUCCCCCCCUUUGUUAUCGGUUACAGCCUCCUCCCCGCACCCAACCCCCCCGGACUCUCUCCAUCCAGCCGGAACCGCCAGCGCCAGUUGUCCAGGCGUCACUUGGCAGGAGUCUGUACUUCAGGAGGGGGACUCAAACAGCACGGGAUCCAGGCGCUUGGAAGAAGCUGUUCCUUCAAUACAGGCUCAAACAGUACAGGAUCCUGUCAAACUGAGGACGCUCUGUCUCUAACACAGGUUCAAACAGCUCAGCUCCGACUAACAGCCAGAGUCCUCACAAGACACAAAAGACCGGACCAGAGAUUCCCUGUUGUCCAGCCGCCUGGGAGUGUAAUACUCAGAACUCUUUACAGCUGAGGCCUCCCUCCUCCACCACCCGAGCGGGCUUGCGUUCGCCCUGCGGUCCACGCACUUUUCCCAGGGGAGGAACCGCGCGUAUGGAAGCCAGCGCGCGCGGCCGGACCAUGACCGAAACCUUGCGUCUCCCGGCACUUCACGUGCAGGUGGCGCGGGACCGCGGCGGGGGAGGGGCCCCGGCCUGGUCCACCUCCUCCACCCCGACCCUGCGGCGGAAACGCUCCAAGAUGCGGCGCGCGAAGAACACGCCGAGCGAGAAGGACGCGGCGGGCAACGGGCCGCUGCGGCGGGCGGGCUCUGGCCACGGCUCCGCCUCCAAGGAGUACCUGCAGCUGCCCUCCAUCGAAAUCACGCCCUCCAGCGACGAGGACGCGGCCUGGUCCAACUGCUCCACCCCCAGCGCCUCCCCCCGCCGCAAGCGCUUCCUGCUCAGGAAGUGGCUGAAGGUGCGCGAGAAGAAGGAGCCCGCCAGCGAGAGCAGCAGCCAGCAGAGCAGCCAGCAGAGUAGCCAUGACGAUGACCCUGCCCGCUUCCUGACUCCUUUCAUCCGCGAGGAGAGGUCUGACAGUGGAGCGGACAAGUUCAGCACUGCCAGUAACUCGAACCGGAGCACGCCCGCUUGCUCGCCCGUCCUUCGCAAACGCUCACGCUCGCCGACUCCCCAGAGCUUGGAGGGCGAGACCAUGGUGGAGAAGGGCUCAGACCACUCCUCUGACAAGUCCCCCUCGACCCCCGAGCAGGUGGUGCAGCGCAGCUACUCCGUGCAGUCUGCCCGAGGCAGCAGCAAGAACUCCAAGUCUCACAAGCGACUUUCCAAAAAAAGCCAGAGCUGGUACAACCAUGAAAGACAACAUCUCUUGAGAGUGUUGAGUCCCACAUAUAAGCAGCGCAAUGAGGACUUCAGGAAGCUCUUCAAACAGCUCCCUGACACGGAGCGGCUCAUCGUGGAUUACUCCUGUGCCUUGCAAAGGGACAUCCUCCUACAGGGGCGGCUCUACCUCUCCGAAAACUGGAUCUGUUUCUAUAGCAACAUCUUCAGAUGGGAAACGCUGCUGACAGUGAGGCUGAAGGAUGUCUGCUCGAUGACGAAAGAGAAGACCGCGCGCCUCAUCCCCAAUGCUGUUCAAGUUUGUACCGACACUGAGAAGCACUUUUUUACCUCGUUUGGGGCCCGGGACAGGACGUACAUGAUGAUGUUCAGGCUCUGGCAGAACGCGCUGCUCGAAAAGCCGCUGUGUCCCAAAGAGCUGUGGCACUUUGUACAUCAGUGCUACGGGAACGAGCUGGGGCUGACCAGCGAUGACGAGGACUACGUGCCUCCGGACGACGAUUUCAACACCAUGGGGUAUUGCGAGGAGAUCCCGCCAGAGGAGAUCGAGGUGAAUGACAGCUCGUCCAAGAGCAGCGCGGAGGCCAAGCCAGACGCCAGCCCGCUGCUGCCCAAGAAGUCUCUCACCACCAGCACGCUCACCUCCAUCAGCAGUAGUGAGACGGCCAUCUCUUUCGACCUGCCCCCAGAGGAGUACAUAGACUGCCUUCCGGAUGAUGACCUCCUAGCCCUCCCACUGGCUGAGGAGAAGAGCAGCGAGCUCAGCGUCCCCGUGCCCCUGCCCUCGCUGGACUUCAACGACAACGAAGACAUCCCCACCGAACUCAGCGACUCCUCUGAGACGCACGAUGAAGCAGGGGAGGUCCAGGCUUUCCAUGAAGACCUGAACGGUCGACAGUACAUCAACGAGAUAUACAAGUUCAGCGUGGACAAGCUAUACGGCAUCCUCUUCACAGAGUCUCAGUUCAUGAAUGACUUCAUGGAGCAGCGGAGGUUCUCAGACGUGGUGUAUCACCCUUGGAAGAAGGUGGAUGAGGGCAACCAGACUAGGGAAAUUAUGUACACCAUCUCCCUCUCUAAUCCGCUGGCCCCCAAGACCGCCGCUGUCACGGAAAUGCAGACACUCUACAAAGCCAGCCAGGAGAGCGAGUGCUACAUCAUUGACGCUGAGGUCAUCACGCAUGAUGUGCCGUACCACGACUACUUCUACACGCUCAACCGCUACAUGCUGACACGGGUGGCCAAGAACAAGUGUCGCCUGAGGAUUUCCACCGAGCUUCGCUAUCGCAAGCAGCCCUGGGGGCUGGUCAAGGGCUUCAUCGAGAAGAACUUCUGGAGUGGCCUGGAUGAAAACUUCCGCCAUCUUGAAAUUGAACUGUCUAAGAUGGAGGAGGGGCUGCUGAUGGAGCCCCUCAGGCAGUCACCGAAAGCCAAGGCGACGAAGACGUCGACGUUGCGGCGCAGGAAGCGGCCGCUGGUGCACCUCCGCGCCCAACACCUGGAGGAGGUGCUCAGCCCUGUCACCACGCCAACCGACGAUGAGGUCAUCCACCGCAUCAAACAUGUGGCAGGUUCCACUCAAACACGGCACGUCCCAGACCACGUCCCAGGUGGCUUUGCCCUCUACAGCGUGUCCAAGCUCCUGUUAAUCAUCAGCUUUGUGAUCUGUGUGAGUUUGGUGUUGCUGGUAUUCCUGAACAUGAUGCUGUUCUAUAAGCUGUGGAUGUUGGAGUACAGUGCCCAGAGCCUCACUACUUGGCAGGGCCUCCGACUUCACGAGAGUAAACUGCCGCAGACACAGCUGGAGUGGGCCCAGCUUCUGGAGUCGCAGCAGCGUUACCAUGACACUGAGCUGCAGAAGUGGCGGGAAAUCAUCAAAUCCUCAGUCCUGCUGCUGGACCAGAUGAAAGACUCUCUGUUGAACUUGCAGAAGGGCAUUGGCCUGAGGGACUACGGGUCAGAGGCCGAGGAGAAGAGGAGCCGUUACCACUGACGACCGGUCCCCAGGCUCGAAGGGGAAGCUGUGCAAUACACAACUGUACAUGUAUAGAUCUGCGUAGAGCUGGGGAGGAGGGCCCGGCGGGGCGGAGGAACCCACCGCUGCUGCUGCCGCCCGCUCCGGUGACCGGCUCUCGCUCCCGACCUCUGACAGGAAACGCCCCCGCCGCCAACAGGAAGCGGGUCGCCCCCGGGAACACGGGAAGAGGGCAGCAGCGCUCGCUUCGGGGUCGCUGCUCCUCCUUUUCGUUUUUUUUAUUUGAUCUCUUUUCUAGCGUUGUACUGUAAAAGCUGCUAGCUAGCACACUCAGAGAUAGAGGAAGGAAAUGCACACUGUAGCUGUAAUUCUGUCCUAAACCUGUUUCUCGUGAGGAAUUUUAGCUCCACUCCUCUUGUGCAGCCGUCUGAGAGAUGAACAGAACAAAAGAGAAAUCAAGAUGAAGCAAAGGGUUUCUUUUAGCCCACACCCCCAUCCCCCCUGACCCCCCCGACCCCCUGACUUUCAGGACUCCCUUGACUGUUCCGAACGGACCUUCCCCCUCAAGGCUUAUACUGCAGUAUCCCUUUUUUACAUUUCCAAAUGUGGGACCAGGUCAAUUACCUUAGUGGUAUUGGGGUAACUGAACAAUCUCUGUACGAUUAAGAUACCAAUGCACAAAAGAAAUCAUAAAUAUACAGAUACAUAUGGUAUAUACAUACAUAUUAUAUAUAUAUAUAUAUAUAUAUAUAUAUAUAUAUAUAUAUAUAUAGUAUAUAUACAUUAUUUGUCAAUGUAAUGUGAGUAUAUAGAUGGUAUCUAUCAGCUUUUUAUUUUUUAAUGGAUAAAAAUAAUUUUUUACCAGGUUUCCACAAAGCAUCAGGGGCUGGUUUCCCUUGACGGUGGCUUACCAGGGUGUUGUGUAUAUAGGUAUUUAUAAAAACACAGCUAAGGAUUCUUCUUAAAUGUCUGCAUAAUUAGCAAUUUCUUUCGUUUGGACCUCAAUCAAUCGUAUUAUGUUGGAUUUGUCAGGAAAUGUGCCGCAAGUGCAGAUGCACCUCACACAAAAAAACCAUGGGGCCUUACUGCCCCCCACUCUCCCCUUCUUUCUGCUCCUCCUGCCCCCACUCAAGUUACUGGGGUGUCCUUUCGGUCAUCUGUGACGAAUUGGACAUUCCCAAGGGCUCCAUGAAAACCACUGGCCAUUCCAUUAGCAUUAGCAUGUGUCACGCUAGCAUUCGCGUCAAUGGAACCUCUCAGUGAAAUGGUCUCACUCCCAUCUCACUGCCAGAACUUUGUAUCAUAACUUUGAAAGUUUCGGGGAAUCUUGCAUAACCCAAACCUUCAGAAUGCGAUAUAUUCUUUUCUGGGCUUUCCACUAUGUUCUUUAAAGGACAGUGCCACAGGGAUUCAUUCUCAAGAGCUGAUCUGUGGAGACAGUAUAAAGGAUGCAUCCUCCUAGGUGUUUUAUUUGCAGUGGUUCUACUAUUAUAACCAGGUUGUCUUGAGCCCUCACUAAUAUCUUUUAGAACAUUUUAAAUUGUGAGAUGGAAAAUCACAAGAAAUAUUUGCACAUAUAACAUAGGCACAACUGAGAAUCUACUGCAAGUAAAUGAGAGGAAAUUGAUGUUACGCACAGUAUUUAUUGGAAGAAGCAAGAGUGCAAGAGUUAUUGAAUGAAAUGCAUUCAUCAAAAAUAUUGAAUCACAGUAAUAUACCCCAAGUUUUGCCUUGCUACUUUUACACUGAUGAAUGGGCUCAGGUUGAGUCCUGUAUUUCCACCUAAAACAAAUGUCCUCUUAGCUUGAGGUUCCUCAUGGCGCUGUUUUAGGUCCCCUUUAAUCUUCCUGUUUCCAAAAGAUGAUCAUGUACCCUGCUCUUAUUGAGAAAAGGUUAAAAGUGCAUCUGUACUACAUCUGUAUGCUACGUACUGCAUCUGUACUACAUCUGUAUGCUGCAUACUGCAUCUGUACUUUAUCUGUAUACGUAUUUGUAUACUGCAUCUGUAUUAGUUUUCCAUACAUGGGAAGAAAAAGCAAAUUAAAGUAAAUUCACAUUCAUCAGAUUUGGCCAAGAGAAAUGUGAAAAAGUUCUGCCAUUGAGUUAUAGAGAGUGAAGACAGUGCAUCGGGCAGCAAAAUUAUCAAUACCAAAUCAUGAGCCUCACAGCUGUUUACAGCUGGAAGGAAACCACAGUGACUGAAAUAUCCAAUCAUUCUUAGCUGAAAAGGGGAUACUGCAGCCAGACUGUUUGGGUGACCAGUGUAAUUAUGUGUUUGACUAAACUGUGAAUAUUGUUCUUGAAAAUGCUUGAAGAAUGAAAAAGAAUAUAUGACAUAUUUUAUGUAUAUGCAUAGUGUGUAUAUACACAAAUACAUGAUUAUAAUGCAGAUAUUUAUUGUUAAUUUAUGUAUAUAGAAAAACUUAACAGAGCUCUAGCAUGGAGAAAUUUGAGGGGAAAAGAAGUGUUUAGCCUGUGGCCUCGAGAGUGUUGCCUUGACAUGUCUGUGACAUGUCAAGGCUGAAAUGUUCACUUUCCUACACAUGCUCAUCUUCCUUCAUUUCGUAACGCAUGUAGACUAGCAUUGCCGAACUGCCUUUUUUUGUGCUCACACAUCUGGACAUAGCCUUGCAUUUAGCCUCCCAGCCUUCCGUUUACAGCUGGCGCCAUUAGGACAGUCCUGCCAUCAAAGCCAUUACCAGUUGGGGGCAUGUCGUGCUGGCAACCGCUCAGUUUCUAUGGGCCAGCGUGCCCAGCAUCAGGGGGACCGCCCCCACUCUGUCUCAAAACGCUUAAAAACUACCCGAGGUUCAUCAUUGAGUCUCUGAUCACAGUGAGAACAUUCCGAAUUAAUAUGGCCUCUUCAUCCCGCCAUUUUCCAACAUGCUCUUGUGCCCUUUUUUUCUUUUUUCCUCUCUCUACUUGGUUCCAUUCCCCACUGUGCUUAUAGUUUCAGACCCUGCAAAUGUUGCUUGAGAAGGGCCUAUUCACCAGUCUGUUUGAAUUUUGGCAAGAUACGAUUUGUUUUUUGCAAAAUCAGUCCAGGCAGACUUUGUGCUAGUCGCAGUAUUGGAAAUAUGUGCUCUCCACAGAACACCCCUUAAACCCCCACUGAUUAAUUUUGUGUGAUGAUGCCAGGAAAUGUGAACAGUUGUUUUUAUUGUGAAUGUGAAAUCAAAACUAUUUUAAGAAAA